AUGGUGAAGUUUAGGAUCCCGUCUCUGAGAUCAGCUGCUGCUCUGCUCUCCGCACCUGGACCUGCUGCUCAGUGUACAGUCUCUCGGGACAAUAAAGUUGUGUUGAAUGAAAGAGAGAGCCCUGUGCGUCUGUCUACUGGUCCCCAGCAGAAACACACAACCUUCUAUGAGUUCCGGACCUACAGCAUAAAGCCUCACCUGGUCCCCUCCUUCCUGCAGCUGACCAAUCAGAAGAUCCACCUCCGCACCGCACACUCGCAGCUCAUUGGCUACUGGAGCGUGGAGUACGGAGGCCUCAACCAGGUCUUCCACAUCUGGAAGUAUGACAGUUAUUCUGAGCGGGCAGCUGUGCGGGCAGCCCUGUCUCAGGACCCCUCCUGGGUCUCGGACUACAUCUCCAAGGCGAUGCCCAUGUUGUCGUCUCAGGAGAACGAGGUCACCUACCUGGUCCCCUGGAGCCGCCUGCAGACCCCCCCGCAGACAGGAGGUGUGUACGAGCUGGUCUCCUACCUGAUGCGUCCCGGUGGUCCGGCUGUUUGGGGCGACGCCUUUCAGGCUGCCGUCACCUCCCAUGAUGCACCGGGGUACGGCAAGCUGGUGGGAGCUUUCCACAGCGAGUUUGGCCUGUUAAACAGAGAAUAUAAUCUGCGUCGUCACCACGAAACCCGCCACAAAGAGUAUACUAGCCUGCGCGGGCAAGCAAGAGAAGACAGGAUUCGGAGGAUGAAAGGCGGACUGGCUGCACAACAGAAUGUAUUCCUUCGCCAAACUCAGGUCAACCAGGCUGCUGUCCGAGCUAACUAUAAGGUAGCUCACCUACUAGCCACCCAUGGAAAGCUGUUUACUGAUGGGGACUUGGUUAAAGAAUGCAUGGUUGCUGUGGCCGAGGAGGUGUGUCCCGACAAGAAGGAUGCGCUCAACGUGGUGAGUCUCUCCGCACCUACUAUGACCAGGCGAAUCGAAGAUUUGGGGGACAAUGUGUAUGACCAGAUGUAA